AUGGAGAUUAAUUCUGUUGAGAACAAUCCAGCUUUGAUGAAACCCACAAAUAAGCAAGGUAAAAAAGAUGUUAUGGGUGGCGGAAAGUUCGGUACGGAAGUUGUACAUAACCGGAGAGUAUUGGGUGUGAUUAAUCAGAAUUUGGGUGGUGCCGGCGCCGGCGCCGGCGGAUGUCGAGGAGGAGCUCAACCUCAUCCUUGUGUUGCUAACAAGAGAGCUUCAUCGCAGAAACUUGCUGCAAAUAUUGCCAACAAGAAACAGUGUUUCCCUGAGGAGAUUAAGUCAAAUCCCCCAAAUGACGACUUUGGUGUAUGGGAAGAUCAACCUGUGCCAAUGUUCUUGGAAACAUCAGAAACAACGUCGGAUCAAAGAGAUCAUCAUAUGGAGGAGGUUGAAAUGGAGGAUAUUUUCGAGGAAUCAGUAGUCGAUAUUGACAGUUGUGAUAAUGAAAAUGAACUUGCUGUUGUUGAAUAUGUUGAAGAUCUUUAUGCUCAUUAUAGAAGGAUGGAGAGUUGUAGCUUGGUGUCACCAGACUAUAUGACACAACAAUUUGACAUAAACGAGAAGAUGAGAGCUAUACUAAUUGAUUGGCUCGUUGAGGUACACCACAAGUUUGACCUUCAACAUGAGACAUUGUUCUUGACAGUCAACCUCAUUGACCGAUUUUUAGCUAAACAAUCUGUGAUUAGAAAGAAUUUGCAAUUAGUUGGUUUGGUCGCCAUGCUUUUGGCUUGUAAAUACGAAGAAGUUUCAGUCCCUGUUAUUGACGAUUUGGUUUUCAUAUCGGAUAAAGCUUACUCAAGAAGUCAAAUUCUUGAAAUGGAAAAGUUAAUGUUGAACACGUUAGAAUUCAACAUGUCGUUGCCAACAGCGUAUGUGUUCAUGAAAAGAUUCUUGAAGGCAGCUCAAUCGGAUUCAAAACUUGAGCAAUUGUCGUUUUUCUUGAUUGAGCUUUGUCUUGUGGAAUACGAGAUGCUUAAAUUCCCACCAUCGUUCAUGGCUGCAGCUUCGAUCUACACAGCUCAAUGCAGUCUUUAUGGGGUGAAUCAGUGGUCCAAGACUUGCCAAUGGCAUGCCAACUACACUGAAGAUCAACUUCUGGAAUGUUCAAAAAUGAUUGUGGGGUAUCAUCAAAAGGCAGGAGUUGGGAGAUUGACUGGUGUUUAUAGGAAGUACAACACGUCCAAGUUUGGGUAUGCAGCAAAAAAUGAGUUGAGAGCGAAGUUGCCGGAGGUCUGGAGCUGCCGGACGCCGGCAGUGGCACCGCAAUCUGCCGAAAAAAAGCGUUGGGAGACGGAAGUGGGCGGAACUUUAUUUCUUUCUUUCCAGAAGUUCCCACCUCAAUCGCAGAGUUGCUAA